CCGCCAGUGUCAUAAUCAGUGCGAAAUCAGCCGCCGUUGUUGUAUUAUCAUCCAUAACAAUUUAUAUUGUCGUUGAGAAUAACGAGAAAAAUAAUUUAAAUAAUUAAAACAAUAACAAUAAAAUCGUCUUGUGUAAUUAAUAACUAUGUGCUAAAAAGUUUACUGUUGGCAGAUGUGCGCAUAAUAGUUUUACGGUGGUGCGAAUGUGUGUUUAUUAUGUGACUGUAAGGACUAUUGGAUAUAUGUUUACAUAUAAUGGGUAUCACAUGGGUGAAAAAUAAAACUAUAAGUUUUCUGUAGAUAUAUAUUUCGUAACUACCGACUUUUGGUUUUUACAAAACGAAUUCCAUGGAGAAUACAACGUCUAAUGCAUAUACUGCUGGCAGUCGAUCUCCGAACAAGAACAGCGAAUUGAAGAAUUCGGAUAAUAUCGACGACUGUCAACUGCAACAGCAUCAAAGGAGGCAAAGAACGGCCGGUGGUAAUAAUAGUCGAUGGUGUACCAGCAGCGUGCGAUCUCGUACCUCGACAUCUUUUCUUAUACACAAUCUGCUUAUAUCCUGUGCCGACGACACUAGUGAUGGGCCUACGAAUACAUCUCCGCCGUCGCUACCAAUGGUCGAACAGGACAACGACAACGAAGAAACCAGCAGCAGUAGCAGUGAAAGCAGAAGUAGAAGUUGUAGCCCGCGAGAUAUGCCGUUAUCAUCUCCCGUAGUGAAUUCCAUAGACGGAAAUGAGGAUGUCAACGGGGUGUACAACAACGCAGGCAGCUACAGGAUCAAGAGACGUAAAUGUUCUAUUCCAUUCAGAAGAAGGACGACUAAGAAAAAAGACAGUAUAAGUACUAAUACGAGCGGUGACAGCGAUGACGAAAAAAUAGAAACCGAUAAAGAAUCACCGACGCCGGCGGUUACUGCGGCGGACGAGCCGCAAACGCAAUCAUCGGGCGCUCGACCACCUCCAAUCUCGAUGUACUUAUCUGCCGCGAUGAACCACCGGCACGUGCACCAGUCCGCGGCCCAGACGUCGACUCCUCCGACGGCCGUACCGACGUCGACCACGCCGGCGUCCUCGUUGAACUUCAGCGUGAACGCCAUACUCAGCGGCGGAGCAUGUUCCAACGGCCGGAGCAACAGCACCAGCAGCAACUGCAGCACCGGCAGCAUAGGCAGCAACGGGUCGAGUGGCACUGGGUACAACGGAGGUAAGAUCGUCGCCCACCAGCAGAACAUCUUCGACACCGGCCAACAACAGCACAACCAACACUUGGCUUCCGCUGCUUUCCUGAGGAUCACAGCGGCGGCCGCUGCCGCUUCCGCGUCGUCGUCGUCGUCGUCCGCGUCAGGUCCCAUGUUCUACCAUCAUCACCAUCUCGCUUCCGUCGCCGCCGCCGCAGCCGCCGCUCAUCACCAUCAUAGUCAUCACCACCAAAACCAUCAGUUGCAUCAAAACAGAGUGCACGGGGUCACCACGCCGUCUCCGCCGCCGCUGUCGCUGCCGUCUCGUCUGCAACCGGCCACGUCGAUCACUCCGCCUGCCACCGCUUCUUCCGCGGCGGCCUACCUGACGGACACCACGAGCACAGCUACCACGUCCUGCCGGCAACAGACCCCGCGAACAAUCGCCAAACCGAUCGCGCGCCGACCGGCCAAUGCCGCCGUGAACCCGAAUGCCACCAACGGGAAUCUCCACAACUCCACGCUGCUGGCGCUGGCGGCCGCCGCGGCCGCGGCCACUGCGAGCCCGUCGUCCAACCGACCGUCCAGCGACGGUGGCAGCGGCGGCGCGGGCAUCGCUAACGGUGCCGCCGUCGACGGAGGCAGCGGAGGCGGCGGUAGCGGCGGUCCUAUCGCGUGUAACUCUCCCGCUCUGGCGAACUCGGCCGCCGUUUCGUCUUCGUCCGCGACACCCGGACCAGGUCGAACCAACGGCGCCGGAACGCACAGAUUUCCUAUUGUACACCCGUUAUAUAACUACCGUCAUCACAUGGCUCACCAGCAUCCUCACUCUCAUCACGAAAUGCUCAUGAUGCAAUCCAGAUCAAACGGAGUCGGCGGAGUAUCCAACUCGAACGGUUCGACGUCUUCGUCAAUUGCCACGGUUCCACAGUCGCCUUUCUCAUCCGCGGCCGUUUGGCCUUACGGAACAGGGCCCAGCGCGAAUGGGGGUACGUCUGGAACUAUGGCCGGAACAUCACACCACCACAGGAUCGCGCCGCUGCACCAUCAUCAGCAUCACCCGUCAGCCACGACCAUGUUGCUGAUGAGCACCAACAACAACACGUUGAACGUGAUGAACGGUGUGGUGGUUGGUGGGAACAACAGGGGCAAACCGCGGAGGGGUAUGAUGCGACGGGCCGUGUUCUCUGACGCGCAACGGAAGGGCUUGGAACGUCGGUUUCAGGUGCAAAAGUACAUUAGCAAACCAGACAGAAAGCGACUGGCUGAUAAGUUGUCGUUGAAAGAUUCUCAGGUGAAAAUAUGGUUCCAAAACCGCCGAAUGAAGUGGCGAAACACAAAGGAACGGGAACUACUAGCGGCCGGCACUGGUUGUCGUGAACAAACUUUACCAACGAAAAACAACCCGAAUCCAGACUUGAGCGAUGUGACCACUACGUCGACUUCUAACAAUAACAACAAUAACAACAACAACAACAACAACAACAACAACAACAACAAUAGCAACAAUAACAACAAUAACAAUACGUCUUCUUCGACGAUGCAAAUGGGCGGAUGCACGCAGACCGCAGGAGCCGUGGUCGUGGCGUCGACACCUUCGAAUGUAGCUAGUCAACACGAAAAGAAGAACGUUACUAACUGCAAUAAUAGCAUGAAAAGCCACCAACAUUUGCUCCAGCAGAAACAGAUGCAGCAGAAAAAAAUCAACGUAGCUGUGGAUCAGAUGUUGCUGAACAGAGGUGGCGGCGGACCUUUGGUCGCUAGGCAACAGCAAGUGUUGUAGUAUUAUAGCAGUAUAAUAUAUUAUAUGAUAUUGUAAUUUUAUGAUUUUAUAUGUAUACGCACUCACUCUAUACAUAUA